CCCAGGACCAGCCUGCGGGCAGGCCUAUAAGAUUGAAAGCGACGCCAAUUCGACAUUUCGACCCCAUCUCUCUAUGAUUGGCCGAGGACCGACGAAUCUCCGAGCCCGUAAGAAAACGUCCCCCCCCCCCCAAAACCCCCUCAAUUGAGUUCUCCGUGGCAGUAGAGCCUCUGGAAUCAGUGACUUUUGAUACCUCCGGGACUCCCAAUUCCGACGACUUAUGCGGUUUUCCGAUCUGGAUAUGAUAAAUGUAUCAACCAAAAGCCAUCUCCAAUUUAGGCUCGGCUCACAACAAUCCACUAGCUCGUGACCAGCCAUUAGAGUUAACUGGCCACAGUAUGGGCCCGGGAAGUGGAGGGACCAACCCAAAUAACCCUAAUCUGGCCUCAAGGCAGCGGUUGCGAUGGACACAUGACCUUCAUGAACGCUUUGUUGAUGCUGUAACGCAACUUGGAGGACCUGACAGAGCCACUCCUAAAGGUGUACUCAGAAUAAUGGGUGUACCAGGGUUAACCAUAUACCAUGUCAAAAGUCAUUUGCAGAAAUAUCGGCUUGCAAAAUAUAUUCCUGAAUCUUCAUCUGAUGGUAGGUUACAAGGUUCAAAGGCCGAAAAGAAAGAUCCUGAGGACCUACUUUCAGGCCUUGAAAACUCCUCAGGGAUACAAAUUACUGAAGCACUUAAGUUGCAAAUGGAGGUGCAAAAACGGCUACACGAACAACUAGAGGUACAAAGGCAGCUGCAGCUGAGGAUAGAAGCCCAAGGGAAGUAUCUGAAGAAGAUCAUUGAAGAACAACAGCGGCUCAGUGGCGUGCUGGCGGAAACACCAGGUGUGAGCAUUCCGGCCCCUAUCUCAGGCGACCACUGCUUAGACUCCGACAAGACUGACCCCUCAACCCCUGCCCCAACCUCAGAGUCCCCACUCCAAGACAAGGCUGCUAGUGGGGACCAUGGAGGCACAGGCGGGCUCUUCAAGAGCCUCUCCCGUGAUGAUUCCUUCUCUUCCCGCCGUGAGCCUCUGACUCCUGACUCCAGCUGCCGUGCCGGCUCUCCUGAGAGCCCGAGGCGCGAGAGGCCAAUCAAGAGGCAGCGGGGAGCCAGUGGUCCAGGAAAUGGGAAGACGGAGCUGGUGCUUGCUCAUCACAUACUUGAAUCAAGUUCUGGCUCAGAGUUCCACCAGCCAUGUCCGAUUUUCCCAGCUGGUGGAGGGCAUUUUGAUUCCUCAGGCACUUCAACAUGCGAUGAUGAUAGGUUGGAGAAUGGCUCUGGAAGUGAUGUAUGAUCAAAUUAAUGCAGUGCUCGUUCUUAGAUGGUGGCUUCUUAAUAUUGCCGAGAGAAAUAUUGUCAGGAGGAGUAGGUAUUAUGAUAACGACGUGAUAUUUGUACCUGUAACGUUUCAACUAUCCCCGCUUCAAGGGAUGCCUGCAUGCAUUUCUAAGUCAGAAAGAAGAGACAUGCCUAUUCAAACAUAGGUGAUUUGAGAAACUGGCAGGCUCUGGCUAAUGAUAUUAGGGAUGAUGCUAUUAAGGCCGGUGGCAGGUUUGCAAAGCUGUAAUGACACUUCGGCAAAGCUGGAUCUUAGGAUCAACUGGCUAUUUUUCCCUUCUUCCUGUGCAGAUCUGCUUUUUAGUGAAAAGAUUUGAUCUAACCAUGCUUCUGUUGAUGCUCAUCAUAAUGUGAUGAAAAUUUAAACAA